AUAAUUUUUUAGAUUUGAAGCAACUUGAGUGAAUGCUGUGUGAUUUGCCGAAAGAAAAGUUGGACUUUGGUGAUUACCAAACUGCAUCACUACUGCAGCGGUUGCAGCGCUAUGUUGUAACUGGUUUCCCAAUACCCUAAGACUUCUCGUCUUCUCCUAUUUCCGGGUUACACUCGACCGUCAGUGUCACAAGAAGUGCAGUUUACAUUUACGACCUUUACGUGUUUCCAUUAGUUAGGAACAGUGCAAUUUUCAUCAGAAAUUCCACGAUGGCUGUCCAUUUGGCGAAGAAUGCUCUCGUAUUUGGGAAAGGAAUCAAACCCAGCAUUUCGCACUCCUCCAAUGUUGCGCUGAGAUGUCUCUCAACCUCUGGAAACUUUUAUUCUCCUCGCAAAACAAUUAAAGACAAGACUGGGAAGAACAUUGUUUUCGUUGAUGGUGUUCGUACUCCAUUCUUGAUGUCAGGAACGGAUUAUGCCAAGCUGAUGCCUCAUGAACUUGCAAGACAUUCUUUAUUAGGUAUUGUGAAAAAAACAGGCAUCUCCCCAGAAAUCAUAGACUAUGUCAUCUAUGGUACAGUCAUCCAAGAGGUGAAAACUAGCAACAUCGGAAGAGAAGCUGCGUUGAGCGCUGGUUAUCCUGAAAAAACUCCUGCUCAUACUGUCACCAUGGCUUGCAUCAGCUCCAACCAAGGAAUAACAACAGGUAUUGGAAUGAUUGCUGCUGGCGCAAUAGAUGUAGCAGUAGCUGGUGGUGUCGAGUUCAUGUCAGAUAUUCCGAUUCGUCACUCACGUAAAAUGAGAAGCCUUUUGUUGAAGAUGAACAAGGCCAAAACACCUGUUGACACUCUGAAAUUACUCGCUUCAUUCCGUCCUGAUUAUCUUGUCCCUGAGUUACCAGCAAUAGCUGAGUUUUCCUCCGGUGAAACGAUGGGUCACUCUGCUGACCGGCUGGCAGCUAGUUUCAAAGUCAGUCGUAAGGAGCAAGAUGAGUACGCUCUGCGUUCUCAUACCCUAGCACAGGAAGCCUUUGAGAAAGGAUAUCUCACCGAUUUAUUACCUUUCACUUUGCCUGGAACAGAAAAAACCGUUUCAAAAGACAACGGUGUAAGAGUGUCAAACAUGGAAAAGUUGUCUUCUUUAAAACCUGCUUUUAUUAAACCACAUGGUACAAUCACUGCUGCCAAUGCAUCUUUCCUUACUGAUGGUGCCUCAGCCUGUCUUAUAAUGACUGAAGAAAAAGCAAAACAACUAGGACUGAAACCCAAAGCCUACCUGAGGGACUUCGUCUAUGUAUCCCAAGAUCCCAAGGAUCAAUUACUUCUAGGCCCCACAUACGCAACUCCAAAAGUUCUAGAAAGAGCUGGUCUAGGAGUUCAAGACAUCGAUGUUUGGGAAGUCCAUGAAGCGUUUGCCGGACAGAUUCUAGCAAAUCUGCGUGCCAUGGACAGUGACUGGUUUGCCAAGGAAUUCAUGAACCGCAGCCAAAAAGUUGGAGUUCCAGAUAUAGAUAAAUGGAAUAAAUGGGGUGGAUCGCUAAGUAUUGGGCACCCAUUUGCCGCAACUGGAGUUAGGUUGACUGUCCACACAGCAAACAGACUCAUCCGAGAAGAUGGUCAGUUUGGCCUGAUCGCUGCCUGCGCUGCUGGAGGUCAGGGAGUUGGCAUGAUAAUUGAAAGACAUCCCGAUGGAAAAGCCACAUAAACCAAAGAUUGAAAAAAUUAAAUUUAAUGAAGAAUUGAAUUACGCGGGUUCCGUCUGAUUUUGAAAUUUUAGCAGUAAUGAAUUUGUAUGCUCUUGUUGGUGUGAUUGGUUUGUCCUCUCCUUUGUUGUGUAUGUAUUCUUCACUUCUAGUAGUUGUAAGAAGUAACAAAAAUACGUGGUGCAUGAAAUUUUCUCAACCUUGUCCUACAUUGUGCAAAGAGAGGGAGAGAGAGCAGUUGCAAUGGAGGUAAAAAUAUUUAAUAUCUACUGCCCUCCUCCCCUCUCUCUUUAUGAAAUUAUCAGAAAAGAGAUUUCAAAACAUGAAUAGUUGGUGAACCAAUCAAUCGUAAUGCACAAAUGCUUUCUACAUGUUGCUAAUCAAGAUUCUAUCGGCUUUCUCCUCUUUUUUACUUUUAUUCAGCUCAAUGGUAAGGUGAAGGUUUGUCAAAAUUUUGAGCUUUUGUUGAGUUGCAUGAAUUGUAUGGAUGUGUAAGCACGUGUAAAAAGUUGCUGGCUGGACAAAAAAACCACAUAUCCAGAUCGUAAUGUUUCAUAAUUUCUACUCAUGGUUAUUUUUCGUCAGAAAACAAGCCAUCUCAAUCACUCAGAAUUUUUAUGGAUGGUUCAUUCAAUUGAAAAAACUCAUGGAGAUUUUCAAGGUAUUAUGUCGGUCAGGUCUCCAAUAAAAAAAUGAAGUAUGACAAGAAGUGCAUAAUGUUGCGAUGUGAGAUAUUCAGUUUUUGAGUCUUGCCAUCCGAAUAUAAAUAUAUUUUCAUAAUUUGUAUUACUAAGUGUGAAAAGUAACUCAAGUACAAACAUGAAAAAAAAAAGGGGAAAAAAUAUACAGUAGUUACCGCUAAAAAGGAGAAGCAGAAAAUUUGUUGAAUUGUUAACUCUCUCUAAAGCCUGUUUUAUUUGGCUAUAAAAGCCAUAAAUACUUUUUUGAAAAAUCACUCGAAUCACCAGUUAUGUCAAAACAAUUUCUUAUUUUUGAAAACUUUCUGUUCUAAUUAUUGAGUAAUCCAUGUUAUUUCGGUUAAUUUUAGAAUCGUCCAGGAUUCUUAAGAUAUGUAGUAUUGAUAUGUUGAUCCUGAUUGUUUCUUUUUAAGCAUCGAAACCACCUAUCUUCUGUGUUUUUCAAAACAGUAUGCAAUUGGAAAAAUUGAUCUUGUCCCUCUUUUGUUGAAGUUCAGCCAUCCAUUCUAGGCCCGAGUCUACAUAUUCGAAGAAUCUAGGACUAUAUUUUGUUGGAUGGAAAAAAAUGGAAAGUUUCGCUUGCAGAUCCAUGAUUUGAUGAACCAUCUUCAAUUAUAAGAUAAGACUGUAUUUUUAGUGUAGCUGUAUAUUUAAGAAUUGACUGAAACAUGUUUUUAUUCAUCUGCAUAGAUCCCUUUUUUUAAAUUUGUUAUCUAGUUAAUUAAUUUUAUUUUUAUACUGCUCUAAAAUAUAGGUUGAUUAGUGUGAAA